UAUACUAAUAAAAACAAGAUGCGUUAUUAGCUGUCACAGAUAAGGAUAAGAUGAUGCGUAACCCGGUGGGUCAUCGUGUUCCGGACCAGGUCCAAGUUCCCGUACGCCACUUUAUAUCUAUGUGAAAAAAUAAAAAAGAUCUAGUUGUGGUUAGGUUAAGGUUAAAGAUGGUGAAGGAUCGGAAGGUUGGUGUAGCAAUGGAUUUCUCAAAGAGCAGCAAAUCAGCCCUGAAAUGGGCGAUGGAUAACUUAGCUGAUAAGGGUGAUACGUUCUACAUCAUCCAUGUUAAACCUCACUCUGCUGAUGAGUCCCGGAAUCAACUGUGGGAUGCUACUGGUUCUCCGUUGAUUCCACUGGUGGAGUUUCGGGAGCCGGAAGUGAUGGCCAAGUAUGAUGUCAAAAUGGAUGUUGAAGUUCUGGACACGCUUGAUACAGGAGCAAGGCAAAAAGAGAUUCAUGUGGUGGCAAAAUUGUAUUGGGGAGAUGCAAGAGAGAAACUGAUGGAAGCCAUUGAAGAUCUGAAACUAGAUUCUUUGGUUAUGGGUAGCAGAGGACUCAGCGGUAUCAAGAGGAUAAUAUUGGGGAGCGUGACAGAUUAUGUGAUGACAGCUGCACCAUGUGCCGUGACAAUUGUCAAGGAUCCCGACACAUUCAACAAGCACUGAAUUUGUUUUGUUUUGUUGUCUUGUGGUGUGAUUGCUUUCGGGUUUCAUCCCCUACUACUACUUACUACUGCAUCAAAUCAUGGUUUGCUAGCCUGCCUAAUAAAUUAUCAUCGUGGAUGUGUGAUGCUUUUUUAUUAUUUCCAACUUCAAGGGAUUGUGCCAAUUUUUAUUUUUAUCUUACUUUAAAUAAAUUUCUAGGCCGUAUUUAUAA